AGAAGCCAUCGGACUUUUAGGCGCGUGGAUGCCAUACUCUAAAUGACGGUGAGAUAUGAGGAGAUUAGAACACGAGGGGAGAGACAAGAGAGUGAGAAAAGAGGCAAGCUACUUGCCCAUCCUCGUCCCUCCUCGUUCCGGCUCGCCGGUCGCGCCAGUUAGCCAAGAGAUGAGGCAUGAGGAUCUGCCUAUCCCUCCAGCCCGUAAUUCCAGCACGGCGCACCAAAGAGAACGAUAGGCAUGUGGUCCCUGAAUGAUCCGCAGCAGCGUAACGUUUCGGUCAAUGAAGGGGAGGGCAGUGCGCCGAGUGGUGUCGCGCCGCCAGAUGAUGAGCAUCCGACUAAUAAUGACGAUGGGCAUCGGAACAACGAACCGGAGAGUCUCGCCCCUCCGCCGCCUCGGCAGAUGCUGCCAUCAUGCCAUGCCAAACUUUUAAGCAUGGACUGCACGUCUGGAGCUAAUCACAAUAAGAUACGAGAGAGAGCGUAUACUAUGUUCACUGGGCUGGAGCGGGGGUCGGGUCGGCUGCCAGCAAGCGGCCGAACGCCUGGAUUAGGACCAAUUUUCCAUCGUCCUCGUUUCGUUUCUCAUGUCGUCGGUCAAGAAUUUUUCAUCCUCAUUGGGUACGCCAAGGGCGGGCCAGGGCCCGAUCACGAGGGAGGCAAAACGAGGUUCCUAGCCUCUUCGACGUCAAGUAGCUCCUAG